CAAAGUCGAAAAACGCCAGCUUUUUCAAACCAGGCAUCUGUCAAACGUUUGAUUCCUUGUUCUCCCACCCUCCAUUCCAACUCAUUGCCUACACACAAUCAGAUUGAAAUCAGAGGUAAUCAAUCCACAGAGAUAAACUCAAGAGAACCUGUUAAUGGCUGAAUCCAAGCCGGACCCUUCAUCAAACUCUUUGUCAGGGAAAGAUGUGAAUGAGCCCAAUGUGUUUGAGAGAGCAAAAGAAGAGAUUGUGGCAGUUUUGCAUCAUGAGAGAAAUCGGCAUCACCAUCACAAAGAGACUCACGGAUUGCGUGAAGAUAUUGAUGUGAAUUCUUCAAUGAGUGAUGUGAAGGCUCCGAAUGUGUUUGAGAGAGCAAAGGAGGAAAUUGAGGCCCUUGUGGAGGCAUUUCAUGCCAAGAAGGAAUCAAAGGAUGAUGGUUCGCCCUUGUAUCGUGAAACAAGGGAGAAUGGUUCAAAGGAUUCUUUGAAAUCCAAGAAAUCAGGCUCGCAUUCACACCAUCACAAAGAAACUCAUGGAUUACGUGAUGAUAUUGAUGUGAAUACUUCAAUGAGUGAUGUGAAGGCUCCAAAUGUGUUUGAGAGAGCAAAGGAGGAAAUUGAGGCCCUUGUGGAGGCAUUUCACUCCAAGAAGGAAUCAAAGAGUGAUGGUUUGCCCUUGUAUGGUGAAACUAGGGAUAAUGGUGCAAAGGAUUCUUUGAAAUCCAACAAGUCAGACUCAGAUUCAGAAUUGGCAGAAAAGCGUGUCAAGGCACCAAACCUUAUUCUAAAGGCCAAAGAAGAGAAAUCACCCAAACACAAACCACAUCAUAAGGAAACUCAUGGAAUGAGUGAUGAUAUUGAUGAGAAUACACCAAUCAGUCAAGUUAAAGGUCCCAGUGUGUUUGAACGAGCAAAGGAAGAAAUUGAAGCUCUUAUCGAGACAAUCCAUACCAAGAAGGAUUCUGGCGAUCGUUGAAGAAGGAAGGUGGAUUUCCAACAUCUGUUGGAAGAGCGAAGAGGGUUGGAAAAGAUGGUGAAGUUAUAACAACAAGAUUGAUGGUAAAAGAUGUCAUGAGCUGUUAUGUUUUGAAAAUUUUGUAUGUCAAGAAACCACAUUCUACAAAGCCCAAUAGAUUACUAAAAUCUUCAACACUACUUUUGUAUGUCAAGAAACCACAUUCUCUUAGAUUGCACAUGAUGUUUGAGUUUUGGAAUUAAGCAACCUCAGGCUUAUGAGGUUGCUUAUGAUAGACUUAGUCAACAUUCUUUUUGUUUGUUAACACUCACGUACCCAACACACGUAUGCAUAAGCCAGUCUUGCUUGAACCAUUGGUUGUCGUUCCUCGGGACGAUGUAGUCGACGUUGAAUUAUCUGAGGAUGAUGACAGCAGCUGUAGGCUUUUCAAGAUCCAGGAAUCAACCCAUCAAGAUUUUUCUGCAGUUUGAACUGGACCAGUCCAGAACUUCAAACACCAGACUGCUCAUAAUUCUGAAUCUGUGAAACUUAUGCUCCAUGUUCUUCAUAAUCCAAGUCAUAAUUGGUCGGAUUCCGGCCAAUCUCUACCCUC